CACCUUGGCCGGACCCAAAAAAAAAAAAAAAAAAAAAAAAAAGAGAAACCCCCCCCCAGGUAGAAGGAGGAGAGCAGCGCAGCCAGGUGUCUGAACUGCGCGGCCGUGAGACGCACGUUUCCCACAUUUCUCCCCCUCCCUGAUUUUCAACAGUUUUAUCCAUGGAUUUAACUCAGGAGUCCAUCGUUUCUCUGCUGGUGGCGGAGGGGGGCAGAGUGAAGAAAUCUGAGCUGGUGGGAAAAUUCAGAUCCUCGGUGGAGUGCGUCGAUCCGGCGCAGAGGGAUCGGAACAGAGAGCUCUUCAAGACCUUCGUGAACAAUGUCGCCUGCGUCAGAGAGAUCGACGGUGCCCGGUACGUUGUUCUCAGAAAGACCUACCAGCACUUGCUCGGUGGGAGUCAAACGACUGAAAACGGUAAGAACUAUGGCAAACAGGAGACGUCAGGCGAGCAGGAUCAGCAGAGUCCACAUGCGCAAGAUGGAAAGCCUGAGAGCUCCACGGAUCCAGGAGGGUCGGCUGUUUCUGAGGAAAGCAAUGCGCAUUUAUCUCCCAUACAGCUGGCUCUGCAGAGGAGCAAAUGUGAGGAGGUCAGAGUUAAAAGGGCGCUGAAUUUUGGGGUGAACGCCACGGAGAGGGUUCAGAGCAAGCCCUACGGUCUUCCCCUGAGAACGCCAAAUCCUACCAGGGUGGAGACCCACAAGCUAAAGGCGAACCCAGACGAUCCGCCCCAGAGCCAAAAAACCGACCCCACCAGGGUGAAGAGGAAGCCGUCCUCAACGGAGAGCCACUCGCCCCAGCUGAGGAGGGCGGCGAGGAGCUCCAAGGUCCCAGAGGAACCCAAAGACCAGAGGGUUUCCUCCGUGGUCCCCCUGGAGGAGGCGGAGCACGACUGGCUGGUGAAGUGCGCCGCGGGCCACUGGGGCCAGGUGUACGGCCUGCUGCUGGGCGACUGCCAGCUCGCCGAGAAGAAGGACUUCAUCUCGGGCUUCACCGUCCUGCACUGGGCGGCCAAGUGCGGCAACAGCAAGAUGCUCCUCAAGGUCAUGGAGCUGUCGCGGGAAGGCGAGGCCGACGUCGACGUCAACGCCAAGUCCCACGGCGGGUACACGCCUUUGCACAUCGCCGCGCUGCACGACCAGGAGUACAUCAUGGCCAUGCUGGUGGGCGAGUUCAGGGCCGACGUGAGCAUCAGGGACAACUGCGGGAACAGGGCCUACCACUACCUGCACAAAGGCAUCUCCAAAACCGUCAGCGAGAUGCUGAGGGGGCCCAAAGCUCAGGAGAAGGAGCCUUCGCCCCAGAGGGAGGAGCAGGACCUGCUGCCGGACCUCUCCAGGGGUCUGCACCCCUUUGGCCGGUUCCUCCAGCCUCCCGUGAUCAGCCUGAAGAAGAAACCCAGCCAGAGGUCUGGAGUCUACUCUCUGAGCGACGACUUCGGUGGGGAGAAGCAAGACUCCGGCUUCAGACGCAGAGCGAUGUCCAACGCGUCUAUGUGUUGAUGAAUGAUUGAAGCGUAGCUUUAUUCUGUUUUUUUUUUUUUUAUUCUUUCUUUCUCGCUGUUAAAUCUUGCUGUCUUAAACGAGACAAAUGCUGCACAACAGACCAGGCAUGAGCCGCUGUGAGAUUCUCACAGAAUAAUUGAGUAAAAAGAUCACAGGUUUAGGUUUUACACACAAAUCUAAAAAAUCCUUUAGCCUAGUUCUAGUGGUUUGGCAAAAAAAAAAAAAAAUCCCAGAAAAGCAAACAAUUACUUCUGCUGCUACUAAAACGACCCGAUUUACUGCCAAUUACAGGUGUAAUAAAGUAAUCUCUACCACGUUAUUGAUUACUUAAAUUAUUAAAAAAAAAUGUAGGAGAAGCGCCUGUAUUUAAGAGGAUCUGAACCGUUGAACCAGAAUAUCUGACUUUUUUUUUUUUUUUAGCUGUUCUGCCUUUUAUAGAGUAAUGCACUUAUCAAAAAAUAUUAACUGGUAAAUUGGGCUAGCUAGCUCGUGUUAAUAGGAGAGAUCACGUCACUUUAGUUUUUCCGUGAAGCAAAUUAUUCUUUCUUGUAAGCGAGGGAUAAAAGUAGCAGUUUUCUUUCAGCUGGCUGACCAGCAGUGCACAGCACCGAGUUGAGGGGGGGGGGUUCACGCUGCGUCACUCCCGCUAUGAUGACGGCGACGUGAUACAAUUGUCAUUCCUAAUAGCGCUUAAAUAACCAGGCAUACCAACAGUUACAGGUGCAGCGAUAUUAUCCAUACCAUUUGUUUUUGAUUGCCAUACAUAGACUAGAUCAUAGGUAUAAAUAGAAAAUACACAGCCAUUACAUUUAGGCAAACGUUUCAAAUGUAGGAUAUACAUUUCUAUGGACUGAGACACGUAUAACAAAUUGUGUUUAUCACGACCCGAAUUACUUCCACACAGCCUAAUUUAUCUCUCUUGUAAGCUAGGGUUAACUGCGGUCGCCGUCGUUCAGCCUGCUGACCAGCAGGACGCAGCAACAGGUGGGGGAAGGGCCGACCCAAAUCCUUUUUUUUUUUUUUCAAUUCAUUAAGAACUUUGAAUUAUUGGAACACUUUGAUGACAUAUUAUUGUGGGUUUUAAGUCAUAACUCUACAAUCUUGGCAUACCUUGAUCAGAACAACCAGCCCACGGCUACAACAGAUUUAAGGAAUGUACAAGAACAACACCUUGAAAACAAAAAAGUGGGUUUCUGAAUCAAAAACAUUGAAUGUGGUUUCCACUUUUGUAAAAAUUAUUUUUGUGGAUUUUGUGUCAUUGUUUUUUUUGUUGUUAUCAUUUUGAUCUAAGAAAGAAAUGUUCUCACAGUUUGGAGUCUAUGUUCCCAGGAAUUCAAUAGAAGCCAAAGAUUCACUGAUCAAGACUCGACACGUUUCGCUCCCUGAACUGUUUAGUCAGAUAUGAAGAAAAGGGAGCGAUUACAAAAGGAAAAAAAAGGAAUUAAGGGACGCAUUCAUGUAUCUUUUUGUUACAAAAAAUAUUUAUAAUUUCUGUUAAAGUUUUUAGAUGUUCUCAACCACUGAGCUGAUUUUAUAAAGGUAUUUAUGAUGCAACUAAGGACAUUAAAACCUGCUAAAAGCUUUAAAA